AUGGCUGCUCCAACAGGACUGCCCGCCAGCGUCAUUGUCCUUCUCCUAACAGUCAUAACUCUGUUAGCAGUCACCAUCCACCGUGGGCUCGCCAUUGACCACAGUCCUGGAGAGCCUCCGAUCAUCAAGCCGCGGAUCCCAUAUAUCGGCCACAUAAUCGGGAUCAUCAGACACGGCACCAAAUACUUCGAGAUAGUCAACCGCAACACCCGCUACCCGAUCUACACGUUACCCACACUAUCUACGAGACAGUACAUCGUCACGUCUCCACAGAUUGCCGCCCAGCUCCAGCGACAGCACAAGGACCUUGCGUUCUACAAUGUCAUCCUGGAAGUGACUCGCAGGUUGACCAGCCUCAAGCCAAGCACCAUGAAGAUCGUCAUGAACAACGUCAACGCCGAGCAAGGCGACUGGGGCCUGAUGCCGACCAUGCACGACAUGUUCAACACCGUGCUCGGUCGAGGAGAGUCCCUGAAAGACCUCACUCGUUCGCAGAUGUCGAUCUUCUCGGAGAUGCUGAACGACGUCGCCGUCGGGGGUGAAUGCCUGGACAUCAAUCUGUUCCAGUGGAUCAAGUCCAUAUUUGCCUUUGCAAACGCAAAGUCCAUCUACGGGCCCGAAAACAUCUUCGCCCUUGAUCCCAGUUUGGUUGACGCCUUUUGGGAUUUCGAGGCUGGUAUGCUGGCCCUCAUCAUCGACAUCUUCCCUUCCGUCACGGCAAGGAAAGCAUAUCUGGGCCGAGAGGCGGUUGCCAAAGCCCUCGUUGACUAUGUAAAAGAGAAGCGGUGGCACAAGGCGUCUCUUCUCAUCCAGAACCGCAUCAGCAUAAACCUCAGUCACGGCUUUACCGAAGCCGAGGCCGGGCGAUCGGAAAUCAUCUUGCACUUUGCAAUCCUCGGAAAUGCUGUGCCAUCGACAUUCUGGAUUCUCGCGAAUAUUAUCAGCCGCCCGGAUUUGCUGGCCCAGAUACGGAAAGAGAUCCAGUCGGCCGUCGAUGACAACGAAGACGGAAGCAAAAACAUCAACCUCUCGACCAUAGAGUCGUCCUGCCCAUUAUUUGUGUCGACGUAUAGGGAGUCGCUGCGCAUGAUCGGCAACCUUGCCUCACUUCGAUAUGUGUUACGGGAUACGGUGAUCGGGCAACACUACUUAAGAAAAGACUCCAUCAUACAAGUGGCCGGAAUCAUCAUACAUCACGAUCCCCAGACCUGGGGUCAAGACAGCGACCAGUUCAAUCCUCGACGGUUUAUCAAGGGUCAACAAGCAUCUGUAGCCGACGAUGCUGAUUCAGAGCCGUCGUCGGGCCUGGAUCUCAGGGAGCCGGCGGCAACACAACUGCCACCAGGUGUCCCAUCAGCUGCAUUCCGUCUCUUUGGCGGUGGCAGCGUGGUCUGCCCCGGACGCCACUUCGCGCAGAGUGAAAUCCUCGCUUUCGUCGCGUACCUAUUGAUGGCGUUCGAUAUCUCUGCUCCAGACGGAACAACACCCAUCAAGCUGCCUCCACGGGACAACGAGAAGAUCCCCUUGAGCGUCAUCAAGCCCAAGGGCGACGUGAAAGUGAGCAUUAAGAGACGCAAAGGAUAUGAAGAUGUCUCGUGGCGGUUGUUGGCAGAUGGCCAACGCUAA